UGUCAAGCCCCGACCACCCAUCACGGCCUCUCUCUUCUCCCUCCACCGCCUCUGACCCCCUCCUCGCCGCCCUCCGCCGCCUCCCCCUCGACCUCCGCCGGUCUGCUACCCUCGCACUGCAUUCUGGGCGAGGAGAGGAUACACACCGCCACCCCAGAGUCGUCUUGUCAUUCCCGGGCGUCAGCUGCCCCGCCACGUUCAGGACUGUGUCCCACUCCUUGCGGCCCUGCUCACAUAAAACCAUCGCUUGCUGCUACUUUUCUAUAUACCCCGCGCUAUGUCUCUCAAGCACAUCCUCAAUGACGAUCCGGCGCCGCCGGUCCAUGUAUCCGCUCCGGUUGCGCAUACGCCUAUAUCGACCUCUGUCAUUGACCCAGUCCUCAUGCGGCCCUCACCUCCAUCCAGGACCGAAUCGUCACAUUCGGACCUACGUGAAUACGCGCAUUCACGAUCCCCGCACGAAGGCGAACAGCAACCGCCGAUGCGCGAGUACGCAUUCCAGUCCGUGAACUAUGGUCCCUACUAUGGACGUGAAGAUGAGCGAACAGCAUCCCCGGCGCUUUCCAACGGAGGUCAAUACAAUACAAACCAGUUUAAGGAUGGCUAUGCCGAGACCAACAACAGGCGCAAGCGCAAGCACCCUGAAGACGAUGACGACGACUAUCACCCGCCUGGUCAGAAACGGUCGUCGCGGCGCAGCUCAACGCGGAAUCGCCAACAACGCAAUCACACGCCCCCGUCCGAGAUAAUGGACACCGAACCUCUCAUCCAGGAGAUCACAUUCGUGAACGAGGAAGAAGCUAGGCUAGUAUCGUCAGACCUUGAGGAUAGCGAGGACGUAUGGAGAGGCGAACUCGGGAACUAUGUCAUGGAGACCCACAAGAGACAGAAACAAGUAGAUGCGUGGUUCUCCAGAUGGAUCAUUGAACGCGACAGCAUCACGGCCUAUCAUAUGUCUCAUGCCUACAGGCAGCGUAUCGCUCGUAUACCUCCGCCACCCCCUCCGCCCCCACCUCCGCCACCUCCAAUGGUCGAAGAGCUCAUGCGACCAUCCUCUCCGUCUCUACUCGCUUCGGACGGCUACGAUAUGCCCGAGUUUGUGAACGUGGAUCCUACCGGCCGGACGCGCAGGUCAGGUAAGGACGAUGCGUCUCGGGAUCUGGACGAUGCUUCGAUUUCUGGCCGACACAAGGGCAAGGGCAAGGAGAAAGACUCGGGGAAACGGCCGAAAGUUUAUGCCAUUUCAGACAGCGAGAGUGAACUGGAUAUCCCCAUCUCGAGGACUAUGCCUGCUCACAAGAAGCGGAGGCUUGCUGAUGAUACCAGAGGGACUCCGGAUGACAGCGAACACGCCAUCAGGAUGCCUGUCCCGCAUGCUUCACCCGCGCACAAGCUGGUCACCUCCGCCAAAGGCAAGGGGAAGGGCAAGCAGAUACAGAGGGAAGACAGCGUGGACAGUGUGUCGACCACGCCGAGGCAGCGCAAGAAGCUGGGGCCGAGGAAGAAGUACGACACAUUGCCGCCUCAGACCCAGGAGCUGUUGGGAGUUGGAGUAAUCGGCUCAGCUUCCGCAUCGGUUGCUGGGGAUAUCACACCUUCAGCCUCUCGGCCGGCGUCGCCUGCCCUUACCUCCAUCUCUGCUACUGUGUAUGAACUAGACGAGCAUAUACCUGCUCUGAAGAAGGCGAAGAAGGUGGACGAUAUUGUGAUGAUGAAGCGCGUGAGGAAUCUGGAGGAUGCACAGCGGAAAGUGUGGACGAACAUCGCGAGACGUGAUAUCCCGAAGGUCUACAAGUUCCAUGCGCAAGGCUAUAUCUCGAGGCAGAAUAUCUCUAAGCGACUCGCCACACAUGCAUCAAUGCACGCACGCAAGCCGUACGUCAAGGUCGGAAAGGCCGGAAAGGCGCUUAAGGAUACACAAGCGAAGAGCAAGCGACUCAUGCGCGAGAUGCUGGUCUUCUGGAAGAAGAAUGAGAAGGAGGAGAGGGACGUCCGCAAGCGCGAGCAGAGGGAGGCUCUUGAUCGCGCGAGGGUCGAGGAAGAGAAGCGCGAGGCUGCGAGACAGGCCAGGAAGCUGGAGUUCCUGAUCAGUCAGACCGAGCUUUAUAGUCACUUCGUGGGCAACAAGCUGAAGACUGCUGAGCUGGAAGGCGAAGAUGCCCAGAUAGCUCCUGCGGGCGCCGAGCUUCUAGACAUAGAUCCUUCUUCGUUGCAGGAUAUAGACUUUGACGACGAGGAUCAUACAAACCUCCAUCACCAUGCUCGGAAUAACGCCCAGGCCGCUAUUGCACUAGCCAAACGGAGAGCAGUGGACUUCGACGCGCAGGCCGCUUUGGAGCGUAAGACGAACGAAGCACUGAAGCUCGCCAAACGGCAAAGUCACAUUCGCGGUGACGAGGAUGUCGAGGGUACUGGAUCCGGACCGGCUACAACGCCUCUUGUAGAUUUGGAUUCCGACGAGUUGAACUUCCAGAACCCAACGUCGUUGACUGGGGAACUGACCAUCAAGCAACCGAAGAUGCUCAUGGCUACGCUGAAGGAAUACCAGCUGAAGGGGUUGAACUGGCUUGCGACCUUGUACGAGCAGGGUAUCAACGGUAUUCUGGCAGACGAGAUGGGUCUAGGCAAGACUGUGCAAUCAAUCUCAUUGCUCGCCUAUCUGGCUGAGACUCACGAUAUCUGGGGACCCUUCCUCGUCGUUUCCCCAGCGUCUACACUGCACAAUUGGCAACAGGAGAUUAGUCGUUUCCUUCCUAAGCUGAAGGCCCUACCGUACUGGGGUAACGUAAAGGACCGCGCCACGCUCCGCAAGUUCUGGAACAAGAAAGAGAUUAGCUACGACGAGGACGCUCCUUUCCAUGUGCUGAUCACGAGCUACCAGUUGGUCACCCAAGAUCAACAGUACUUCCAACGAGUGAAAUGGCAAUAUAUGAUCCUCGACGAGGCUCAGAACAUUAAGAACUCGUCCAGUGCUCGCUGGAAGACAUUGCUUGGGUUCCAGUGCCGAAAUCGUCUGUUGCUCACCGGUACCCCUAUCCAGAACUCCAUGCAAGAACUGUGGGCGUUGUUACAUUUCAUCAUGCCGAGCUUGUUCGAUUCGCACGACGAGUUCAACGAGUGGUUCUCCAAAGACAUCGAGAACGCUGCGGAGAAUAAAGGUAGCAAGCUGAACGAGCACCAGCUGCGUCGGUUGCAUAUGAUCCUCAAGCCUUUCAUGUUGCGCCGCGUCAAACGACAUGUCCAGAACGAGUUGAGUGACAAGAUCGAGAAGGAUAUCUACGUGGACCUCAGUGCUCGGCAACGUGCUCUGUACAAAGCUCUGUUGGCUAACGUCUCGGUUGCGGACUUGCUGGAGAAAGCAGCAAAUAUCGGUGACGCGGACUCGGCGAGAUCCUUGAUGAACCUCGUCAUGCAGUUCCGAAAGGUCUGCAACCAUCCGGAGCUGUUCGAGCGGGCAGAUGUCGUGGCGCCUUUCUCCUUCUCUGACUUCGGCAAGUCUGGACCGCUCAAUCGAGAAGGCGACUUCGUUCAACUGGCGUAUUCGACCCGCAAUCCGAUUGAGUAUGCUAUACCGAAGCUGCUGUACGAAGACGGUGGUCUGCUAGAUGUCCCAAGAGAGGAUGCACCUGUCGCGGGUGAUACUCGUCGGGUCGCGAGAUUGAUGAAUAUCUGGUCAACGGACUGGGUGUACCGGUCUUCCCAAGAAGAUUCAGCUUUCUCUUUCUUGAGGUUCCUUGAUGUGUCGCCGAGCGAGAUGCAUAGCGUAUACACCUCCCAUCUUCUCGAAACGUCACUGCGCGCUUCCAGGAAGGAGCAUUCGGAGCUUGAAGAUGAUACAUAUGCAACGGACAGUGCCUUCGUUGCUAAUGUAGUUGCUGGACCCUUCCGCCUGCCUUCUCGAGUGCCCGAUAGCAAGACUGUGAACGAGCUAGGGUUGACAGCUCUUCGUUCCAUUUCCUCUGCCGCUUGGCAGUCCUCUUGCCUCUCGCGUCGGGAUCUCAAAUGGUUCAUACCCCCUGCUGUGGCACCUCCCAUCUCCAUUUACUGUGCCGAUCGCAACUUCGUUGAGCGCCAAGCGACGUUACGCGAAUCCCCGAUUGACUCGUUAGCCCUGUAUGGUCUGCCGCCAAGCAUGUGGUUUUCGCAGGACGCUUGCGCCGAAUACCAGCAGCGGUUCUCUGGCGUCCAUGUAUCCGGUCUCAUUGGAAGAUCACCUCAGGACCAACUGCCUCCGUCGGCGAUGCAGGUUCCAGAAGCCAAGAGACUCAUCUACGACUCGGCAAAGCUCGCCCGCCUCGACGCGCUGCUUCAUGAACUGAAAGCGGGGGACCAUCGUGUCUUGGUCUACUUCCAGAUGACUCGCAUGAUGGACCUCAUGGAAGAAUACCUCAUCUAUCGCCAAUACAAGUACCUGCGCCUCGACGGUUCGUCGAAACUGGAAGAUCGCCGAGAUAUGGUCAUGGAAUGGCAAACGAGGCCCGACAUCUUUGUAUUCCUCCUCAGUACGCGUGCUGGAGGUCUCGGCAUCAAUCUUACGGCUGCUGACACAGUCGUGUUCUACGACCACGAUUGGAACCCGUCCAACGAUGCUCAAGCGAUGGAUCGUGCGCACCGUCUCGGACAGACCCGUCAGGUCACCGUCUACCGCCUCAUCACCAAGGGUACGAUUGACGAGCGGAUCGUCCAACUUGCCCGCGUGAAGAAAGAUGUGCAAGACAUCGUUGUUGGAAACAAGACCUUCACCGAUGUUACGAAGCCUAGUGAAAUCGUACAAUUGCUUCUGACUGAAGAUCAACUGGCGAACCUUGAGACAACCGAACCGUCUACAAAAAGCAAGGGCAAGAAGCGCGCCGAUGCCGUGCAGGCGGAUGCAGGUAGAGAUUUAUGGAACGACGAGGGUGAUGAGUUCUUCGGGCAAUCAGCUUCAGGACAGGCUGGUAAUGUUGGAGAUGGCGCCGAUGACGACUCCGGGACGCCGGUCCCGACCACAGGUCGCGGUAGGAAACGAGGUGGAGGAAAUGGUGCCUCGCGCGGUCGUAGGUCAGGCACGCGUGGACGCGGAAGGGGGAAGGCGGCGAUGGCGAUGGGUGAUGGCAAUUCGUAGUGCUCCCGCUUCAAGUCCGAAGCGACCUCCACUCCUUUUUGUUGUUGUUGUGUCUCUCGUUGUGUAUUUUGCUCGUCACUGUACUGAACUCUUAGAAGCCUGCAAGGACAUCGACGUAUGUAUUUCGUGCGUUUGGUCGUACUCCGUAAAGUAUUAGCUUAUUCGUCUCGUUCUGAUAAUGCUCCUGUAUGUCUAUGUAUUCUAUGCAAACUCUAUGCAACCGCAGAAUCAUCGCGAUCGUA